AUGGCGUGGUUUACGAAAUCGGAGUCGGAAGGUGCGCCAAUUAACGCUCCCCCGCCCGCCGCCUCCCCUUUCGAGGAAGUUGGCGGACUGGAAAUUCCGCCUAUGGGGAAAAAGGGGCUUCCGCCGAGGCGGGGGGACGCACACGGUCCGCCUCCGCACGGGAAGCCGCCGGCGCCGCAGGAUUUGCGGAAAUGCGCGACGCGGGUGUUUUCGUCGCAGCACGUGCCGGAGUGGGUCGGCAAGGGGGACAGCGGCGCGUUCAAGCGGUCGCAAUCGUGCCGCGAAAUGGGCCAAUCAGGAAGCGUUCUUAGAUCGCGUUCGGUGGAGGGCCCUGGAGUGAUGUACAGACCGUCAGGGGCAGGUGGAGCAGGAGGAGCAGGAGGGGCAUUAGGAACAGGUUCUCCUUACGAUGGCGUAGGAAAGAGGCCAGGAAUGCCAGGCGGACCGGGUGGGAAUAAAGACCUAGCGAAGGUUCUAUCGCGGACGGAGCAAGCAGCAGAGAAAGUAAAGAUGCUGCUUAACCGACCGCCGGACCGCCGCCUUACGCGGUCACUAAGCGCGAUGAAAAAGAACGACCGGGUUAACCUGGGCGUUGGGGGGAUGGGGCCGGUCGGGGGCGUGGGGGGGAAUUACAGCCCCGGACACGCGGGCACGUAUGGGUAUGCGGGGGAGGGCAGCAGCGGAGGCGGGGGAGGAGGCGGGCGGGGGAGCAUGGGCGGAAUGGCUGCUGGCCCGCGCGGGGACCUGCACUUGCGCCGGGCGUUUUCGGAAGAUAGGCGCGCGCUGAAUUCCGCGCCUAUGCCCGCUAGGGGCAGCUUUGCGCCGCCUGGCGGAGGUGUGGGCGCGCGGAGGGGGGAGGAUCCGCGACAGCGAAUCCUUCCCCCGCGCGGACUGGGGCUUUCGGGGGACAACAGCUCUAGCCGCUCCCCCGCGCGCCCGCUUGGGGGAGGCGCCACGUCAGCGCCGCGUCAGCAUAACAGAGACGAAGACGGGCGGGGGAGUCAGGGGUAUGAUGACUAUAGUCGGAGCCCUUCCCCCGAUAGGAGGGGGAGGGGAGGGGGGAGAGGAGGCGGAAGGGCUGGAAGUAGCGGGCUGAGAAGGAAUGGGUAUGAUGAGGUUGAGAGGGGUAGAGGAGGGUGUGAUGAUGAUUCGAGGUCAGGGUCUUCGUAUGAGGACUAUGAUGGGGGCAGGGGGAGGAGAGAUGAUGAGUAUGAUGGGGGCAGGAGGAGGAGAGAUGAUGAUGAGUAUGAUGGGGGCAGGAGGAGGAAGGAUGAUGAUGAUGAUGCAGGCAGGAGGAGGAGAGAUGAUGAUUAUGAUGAUAGGAAGAGAGAUGCUGAUGAUGAUGGUAGGAGGAGGAGGGGGGAUGAUGACGAUGGGUAUGAUGACAAUGGGUAUGAUGCGAGGGGGUCUGGGAGAGAUAGGGAGAGAGAAGGGAGGAGAGUUGGGGAGAGGGAGAGGGAGAAGGGAUGGGACAGGGAGGAGGGCAGAUACGAGGAGGCGGAUGAGGAGGAGGAACAGUGGUCGCGAGAUGAUUGGGAGAGAGGGAACGGGGGAAGAGGAGAUGGAGGUAGGGGAAAUGGAGGAAGGGGGGUUGUGGGAAGAGGGGAUGGGGGAAGGGGGGAUGGGGGAAGGGGGUAUGGAGGUAGAGGGGACGGGGGAAGGGGGGACUGGGGGGAUACGCGGAACGGAGUUCAGGGUUCGGGGGGAGAGAGUGGAAGGGAGAGGAGGGAGGAUUGGAGAGAGGAAGGGCGAGGAGGGGAAAGGGAGGAAGGCAGGGGAGAGGGGAGGGUUGGUGAGGGUGGGGAAGGGUACAUUAGCGAGGGUAGUGGAGAGAGGGAAAGUGACUAUGUUGAGCGAGACGAUAAGGAGGGUGAUUAUAACGAGCGGGAAACGGGCCGAGAUAUGCACGGGUGGGAAUAUGAUGAUGGGUAUGGGGAGGAGGAGCAGAAGGACUCAGUGGAUGGAGUGAGGGAAAUGGGAAGAGGUAGAGAGGAGAUGGGUAUGGAGGGAGUGAGGGAGGAGGAGCAGGAGGAGGAAGCAGAAGAGGAGGAUGAGGGGGAGGGCGCAUACGAGGUUGACCCAGUGGGGAGGGGAGGUGGUUACGGACGUGGCAAUGAUUCUGGUUACCAUGAUGACGUCUCUGCUGAGCUGGCACAAGAUCCUCAUGCGCAUCCUGAUGACGUGGCAGCUGGCCACCAGGGGCAUUAUAGCGAAGAGGGGUAUGGUGAUGGUGGUGCUUAUGGUGGUGGUGAUUAUCCUGGGGAGCAUGGGGGUGUUGAUGGGGCAUACAAUGGGGAUAUGCUUGAAGGCCACUUGCAUGGAGAAAUUGGGGAUGUUUACGAUAAGUAUGGCCGUGCCAAUCAUGCGGCUCGCAGUGGGAGGGGUAACGAGGAUGGUUAUAUAGGUUAUUCACAUCAGGGCUCGCCUGCUGUGUCCUCCCCACAGCAAUCCUCUCACCACUCCUUCCACCAGUCACAGUCAACACCCUCGCCCUCCCAACAGAGACAGCAGCAGCUGGGGAUGGCUCGCAGUGGGAGUCCUGCUGCGGCUGGUUCUCCUGGGUUAGCAGGAGUUGUGAGUGGUGCAGGUGGUAAUUGUGCUGGUUCUGGAGGAGGAGGGGCUAUGCCAGGCCGAUCCUCUUCGUCUUCCACAGGGCGCUCUCCGAUUGGCCACACCCGGUCUAACUCCCAGAGCCUGCCAAUCUCGAGAGGACACGUGUCACCAGGGGGGGGAAGGGGCGGGGAUGCGGCAGGGGCGGCAGCGGUGCUGGUGCUGCCGCCGCCCGGGGCGUCGCCAGCUGGGCGGUCCAGGUGGCGCAAUAUCCUUGGCCGACCGCUGGAGAGCUUUGCCGCCCGAUUUGAGCUGACAGGGGAGGUGCUGGGGAAGGGAUAUUUCGGAGAUGUGGUGGCCCCUGAGGACGCAGGGGACGUGCAGAACGAGGUGGCAGCUGCACCGUUUGAUGCACAGGACGUGCAGAACGAGGUGGCAGCUGGAGGCGCUGAGGGGUCACUCUCCCUGGCUCGUUUUGUUUUCCUCCCCCCCCCCAACACCCUCACACCACCAGACUGCCGAGGAUGCAGAGGACGUGCAGAACGAGGUGGCAGCGCUGGAGGCGCUGAGGGGCCACUCUCCGCCGUUGCGUUGCUGUAUGCACACAGACAGAGUAACCCCUUACUUGCUUUCGCCUCACACCACCAGACCCCAGAGGAUGCAGAGGACGUGCAGAACGAGGUGGCGGCUCUAGAGGCGUUGAGAGGGCACCGGCACAUCGUGCAGCUCAUAGAGACGGUUGAGGAGCCAGAG